UGAAUGCACGAUUGAAAAAGUCGUAGAGCUCUAGAAGCUAGUUCUACUUCUCCUCCCGGCCCAGGCAGCUCGGGUCUGCUAGUUGGCAUCCGUGGUUCUACUUGGAGAGACGCUCCACUUGUCUCCAGUUCGACACGCGCCGCGACGCAUCGCUGAUGGCCGCGGAGGAGCCUAGAGGAAUCCUCUUCGAGGUUGACAAAAUCCUAGAUAAACGCAGGAACAGGAGGGGCAAGUUGGAAUACCGGGUCCGGUGGAAGGGCUAUGGCUUUGAUGAGGACACCUGGGAGCCGGAAACACACCUGGCAGAAUGCACCGAGAUUAUUGAGGAGUUCAACCUGCAGCUGCGUGAGAGGCAGCGGGACAAUUCUCUUAUUCGCUCCACUCGAGGUUCACAACGCGUCCGUACCAUCCAGUCCCCCACCUGCUCCUCAAGCGACACCAAUGGUGCACGAAAGCGCAUCCGACCCCAUAGCUCCAGCCUCAGCGUUGGCCAGUCGCCACUCCCAGGAGAGACGGAGAACACUUUCCCCAUUAGCUCCACCAAUCAGGAGCAGCAGCAGCGCUGUUCAGGUGUGAAGGACUGUAAUACUGACAUGUAUAAACACAGACACCAACAGCAACAACUGCAGCAGCAGCAACAGCCGCCAACUCCGGCAUCGCCACCAAACCAAAAUUACAGACAAUUGGGUGCUGACGCUCACAGCGUGGCUGGUUCAGGAUCGACUUCAUCACGCAACAUAUAUUUACGCCACAUGGACCUCGCCAAGUCCGGGAUCAAAAUCCUGGUGCCUAAAAGUCCCAUGAACACUCGUGCCGACUCUGAGGAGUCGCCGAGUGAGGCGGCCCAAGGCCUUGAGCAGGGGGGCCAGGAGCCCGACUCGGUACCUCCGGAGGUGGCCUUUUUGGAGAUGUCACCGGGCUGCCUUCUGAGUCCCGGGGAGGAGAGAGCACGCAUGGGCACACGCCCUCGCAGGCAGACCCCCUUGUCUGCGCCAGAGAUUCCCAUAACACCAGCUGCUAUGCAUGCACUCAAUAGAGAAGGCAACUCCACCUUCGUGGAGACCCCGCCAGCUAAUGGGACUGCAAGCUUGCCGAGCGCAGUCACCCCGGUGGCUAGUUCCCAUGCAGGGAGUGGGAAGCGGCGGUUUGAAGAGCGCACAGCAGCCUUCGACAAGCGCUUGAGAGUCAGCGUCCGUCAGACCGAGAGUGCCUACCGCUAUCGAGAUAUAGUGGUGAAGAAGCAGGAUGGCUUCACACACAUACUGUUUUCUACCAAAUCCACAGAAAACAACUCUCUAAAUCCAGAGGUGAUGAAGGAGGUACAGAGUGCUAUGGCGACUGCAGCGGCUGACGAUAGCAAGUUGUUGCUAUUGGGCGGUGUAGGAAGUGUUUUUUGUAGUGGUCUAGACCUAAUGUACUUAAUACGACGCCUCACUGACGACCGCAAGAAAGAAAGUGCUAGAAUGGCGGAAACGAUAAGGACAUUCGUGAACACAUUCAUCCAGUUUAAAAAGCCCAUUGUUGUAGCGGUGAACGGGCCUGCCAUAGGCCUCGGGGCCUCCAUAUUGCCCUUGUGUGACGUCAUCUGGGCCAACGAAAAAGCAUGGCUACAGACUCCGUACACCAGCAUCGGACAGACGCCUGAUGCCUGCUCGUCCAUAACCUUCCCUCUCAUCAUGGGCGUUGCCGCGGCCAAUGAAGUGCUGCUGAGUGGGAGGAAGCUGACGGCCCAGGAGGCAUGUGCCAAAGGACUCGUCUCCCAAGUGCUCUGGCCAGGCACCUUCAUGCAGGAGGUCAAAAUGCGCAUUAAAGAGCUAGUCACGUGUAAUUCCAUUGUCCUGCGGGAGUCCAAAGCACUGGUGCGGAACUCCAGCCGAGGUGUCUUGGAGCAGGCUAAUGAGCGCGAGUGCGAGGCACUGAAGAGGGUCUGGGGCUCAACCCAGGGCUUGGACUCCAUCCUCAAGUAUUUACAGAAUAAAACGGACGAGUUCUAAACUGGAGAGAUGAAGAGAGGCAGACUGCCUGCAGCCUCGAACCGGGCCGCCCUGCCGCUCGUUUGCUGCCCAAGAGGUCCUAGAAAGCCUUAAGUGCCUAGAGGGAACAGUUAUGAGUUAAAGUUUGUUUUGUCUUCUCAAUGUUAUGUUAAAUGGUAAUGAAUCCCACUUCAGAGUGUGAUGGUGGAUGGAACUUUCAGUUUUGCACUUUUUGGGAACUUGGUUCGUCUGAAUAUUUCUGUUUCGUAUUGUUAUUGUAUUGCAAAAUACAAUAAAGUUGAAAUUUAAAUUCA